AGAAUAGAUCAUAGAAUGUGUAAAUACUGAAAAAUUAAAAUCGUUGCUAAUUUCAUCGGAAUAUGUCUUCUAGUUCAGAUGAAGAGGAAGUUUAUAAGUUUUACAGAGAUCGUGCAGAAUGGAAUGAUGUUAAACCUGUUCCUCAAGAUGAUGGUCCUGCUCCUGUAGUACAGAUUGCAUACAGUGAUAAAUUCAAGGAUGCUUUCGAUUACUUUCGAGGGAUUCUUCACAGUAACGAAAAGAGUGAACGUGCAUUAGAACUAACGCAAACUGCAAUCUCACUUAAUCCAGCCAACUACACAGUAUGGCAAUACAGACGAGAUAUUCUACAAUAUUUAAAGAAAGAUCUUUCAGAAGAGAUGGAUUUUCUGGCCAAUAUUAUUAUGGAGCAACCUAAAAACUACCAGGUAUGGCACCAUAGAAGAGCAUUGGUAGAAUGGAGUCGUGAUGCUUCAAAGGAGAUUGAUUUUACGGCGAAAAUUAUCAAUCUUGACCAAAAAAACUACCAUGCGUGGCAGCAUAGACAAUGGGUAAUCCAGGAAUUUAAUUUGUGGGACGGAGAACUUGCGUUUGUGGAUGUGCUGCUUGAACAGGACAUGAGGAACAACUCUGCUUGGAAUGAGAGAUAUUUUGUUAUUGAAAAUACAACAGGUUUCACUGAUGACAUCACCAAUAGCGAGAUACAGUACACAAUGAAAAAGAUUGACAUUGCUACGAAAAAUGAAAGCGCUUGGAGUUACUUACGGGGGGUUUUACGUGAUCGUUCUUUGACUUGGAGCCAAGAGUUGCGAGAUCGUGUAACAACAUGGAGAGAUGAUGGAUUAAAAUCACCAUAUUUGGUUGGAAUGUUGAUUGACAUGUAUGAGGAGGAUUUGGAAAAUAAAAAAUGUGACAUUGAAAAAACCAUGGCAAAAGUCAAAGAGUUAUGUCAUGAACUUGCGGAGGAAACAGACACUAUACGCCGGAAAUAUUGGAAUUUUAUAUAUCAAAAGUUAAACAAACAAUAUGGGUUGAACGAAUCGUGAUGUCUUCUGUAUAAUAUGAAUUUCAAUGACCAAGUCAUUUUGUUAUGCCACUGCUGUCUGCAAAAAUAAACUUGUUUCCCAUGUUAAUUUUUUGUUGUAAUAAAUCAUGUGCCCACGAUUAAUUUGAGUUUUGGUAAAUUGAAGUCGUUGGUAACAUUGCUUGUUUUUAUAAUGCAUUCUCAUCCAAGGACUGUAAAAUACUUUUUUGUAAACAUUGAUUAUAGUUGUCAUCCCGAAAAAAUUGUGUUGUUAAGCAGAUAAUACCGUCAAGUCUAGACUCUUGCACAAUUCAAUUCUGCUGCUGAGCCACAAAUGACUAUCUGCGGAUAAUUCUGUUUAUUUUGUGCUUAAAACAGUGAAAUACCCACUGUACCAAUAGUUUUGCAUAAACACAAUUUGUAUAAAUGAAUUAGUUUAUUUGGCACUACAGUUACAUGAAUCACAGUGAACACAAAUACAACAGAUUUAAG